GGAAACCCUAAUCAGAGCAGCUCACCAGCAGGCUUUUGCUAUAUAUCGAGUCAGAUCGCCUCUUUUUGUUUAUCACCCGCGCGUCCUCUUUUUUGGGAUCAAAAUCUCAGAUAGAAAAAACAACAAAAAACCUAAAUACAAGGGGAAAAUGCCCAAGACGGAUUUCUAAAGACGAGAACGUGGACGGAAUAAAAAAAAGUGAAAAAAAGAUAGAACAAAAGGAGCGGAAUCGUUCUCGGCAUCAGCCAUGCAGACAUCUCUGAUCAGCAUACAGGGCGAGCUGGAGGCGGCGAGGGAGCGGCUGAAAGGAGUCGAGGAAAACAUAAAAAAAAGCAUCGGCCGGGAUGUGAUCGGCAACCAGAGGAUUGGGUUUAAGAGGACAAACAGGCAGUUGGAGGGAGGUGAUGGCACGAAUGACGACUUGCAUUCACAAAGGCAGGUGCAGUUCAAGAGGAGAAGCAUAAUAAAUGCUCCGGAUCCAAAUGCCAGAAGGAGGGAUAUCAAAGGCGAAGAAAGAGUCCCGGCCAAGAAACGACUUGGCGAACAGACUGUGACCGUGUUCAGCAGGCUUUCAGGUCCGCCUAGGGAUGAAGACAUCGAAAAGGAGACGCCAAAGUCGAAAGUGUCGUCGCAGGUCAUCGUUCAGGACACGCCCAGCCGUAAGGACAUACUUGCCGCACAGUCCGGUGAUAAACAAUGUAAAGCAAGGAACCGAAGGAUGUUCGGUGCCCUUUUGGGCACGUUGCAGAAAUUCAGGCAGGAAGAAGACGCUCUGAAAGAGAAGGAGGAAAAACGUGCCCAAGUGGAAAAGAAGCUAGAAGAGGCUGCACUUCGCGAGAAAGAAGAGAUUAAAAAGAAAAGGCAGGAACUUUUCUCAACACGGCGCCAACAGCAGAUGGAAAUCAGACAGUUGGAGUAUAAACUGAUGCGUUUGAAACAAUUGGAAGAGUGGGAGAGCACGAAGAAACACCUUCUUAAUUUCAUCCAGACAUCUGCGUCGCCGAAGAUCUUCUACCUGCCGAAGCGUCACUGCGAGAAGAGCGAGAAGCUGCUCGAACAGAGCCGGCAGAAGGUGACGAAGACAAUCGAGGCGAAGAGGGCCGAAGUCGAGAAGGCGAUCGCAAGCUUCGCCGCGGCCGCCGACAAGCCACAGCCAGAAGGACCCAAGGAGGCCGAAGAGGAGGAGAACGGGCUCGUCGUCGAAGAGAGGCCAGACGUUGAGAUGGCCGAAACUGCCGAAGAGGGCGUAGACUGCGACGAAGUACCCCCACCAGAAGAGGACGAAGAGGAGGAAGAAGGUGCGAAAGAAGACUUAAAUGGCAGCGUCUCAGACAAGGAAAACUUGAACGAAACGAUCGCCGAAGAUGACGAAAAAGGAGAAACCGUAUAAAUACUAAUAAUAAUUAUUUUUUAAGUAGUGUAAAUAACAAAAUAUAAAAUAUGCUCUUUUAUAAA